UCCCACUUUUCCAUCUCCUUUCCUCCAGACUGGUUGAGGAAGUGAAGGAGCUGUGCAAUGGCCUGGAGUUAGAAAACGAGGAUGUUUACAUGGCGACCACCUUCAGGGACUUCAUCCAACUAUUAGUGAGAAAGCUGCGAGGGGACGACGAAGAGAGCAAGUGCGUCAUUGACUAUGUGGAAAAGGCAGUGAAUAAGCUGACCCUCCAAAUGCCCCACCAGCUCUUCAUUGGGGGCGCAUUUGUGGAUGCCGAGGGCAACAAGACCUAUGAGACCAUCAACCCCACAGAUGGAAGUGCCAUCUGCCAGGUGUCCCUUGCCCAGGUCAGCGAUGUUGACAAGGCAGUGGCUGCUGCAAAGGAUGCUUUUGAGAACGGACUGUGGGGGAAGAUCAGCGCUCGGGACCGGGGCCGGCUCCUGUAUAGGUGAGAGCCCCACA